ACAGAGCUGAGCUUGGAUCCUCGCAGCUAAUUUCUUGAUGCCCAGAAAGGGGGAAGAGACAUACACAUACACAUACACACUUCGUCUUGUGCGCUUUGUUUGUGUGUGUGGGUGAGUGUGAGUGGGCACGUGUGAGUGUGUUUGGAUGGGGGUAUGUGUGUAGGCUACACAAGGGUGUGUGUGUGCUUGUGUGUGCGCAAGUGAGUGAGUGAGUGAGAGUGCGAGCGAGCGAGCACAGCUUGAAGAGGACUAUUGGUGUACACACAGCCGCGUCGCAGCCAGGAACGAAGGCGGCAGACUGAGAUUGGUAUGUUCAUGCCUGGCUUCUGAUGCCAGGCGCUGAGGACAUCCUUUCACACACACACACACACACAAACAUACACACACGCUCACAUGCGCGCACUCUCACGCAUGCACACACACAAACACACACACGAGCACUGUUUCUUCUGCCCACGGAGAACCGCGGAGAACUUAUGGACAGAGCAGAGACUGUUGGGGAGAACGGAAGCUUCGCUCACCACCACCGACACCAUAGCAACAAUAACAACAGCAACAUAAACAACGACAACAACAACAACAUCAUCAUCAACAACAACAACAACAACAAUAAGAGCAUCAACUGUCUAGGCUGAUGAAGGAGCAACGCUUCAGCCCAGGGUCAGUGGUGCGGUGAUCCGCUCCGGGUGAGUGGACACUGACCAGUGGGCUGUCAGAGAUGGCCGGACCGCCGAGGCUAGACCGGCGUCCGGCGUCCUCGGCAACUGCAGCAUCGCUAGCGGCGGCCUUGCUCCCGCCGCUGCUGCUGCUGCUGCUGGCCUGCGUGGCGCCAUGCCAGGGCUGCCCGCCCCGCUGCGAGUGCGCCGCCCAGCUGCGCUCCGUCUCCUGCCAGCGCCGGCGCCUGUCCGGCGUGCCCGACGGCAUCCCCACGGAGACCAGGCUGCUGGACCUGAGCCGCAACCGCCUGCGCUGGGUGGCGUCGGGCGAGCUGGCGCCGUACCCGCUGCUGGAGGAGCUGGACCUGAGCGAGAACCUGAUCGCCACGCUGGAGCCCAACGCCUUCGCCAGCCUGCAGAGCCUGCGCACGCUGCGGCUGCGCGCCAACCAGCUCAAGCUGGUGCCCAUGGGCGCCUUCGCCAAGCUGGGCAACCUCACCACGCUCGACCUGAGCGAGAACAAGAUCGUCAUACUGCUCGACUACACCUUCCAGGACCUGAGGAGCCUGCGCAACCUGGAGGUGGGUGAUAACGACCUGGUCUACAUCUCCCACAAGGCCUUCACGGGGCUGCUGGCCCUUGAGGACCUGACCAUCGCCCGCUGCAACCUGACGUCCAUCUCGGGCCAGACGCUCUCCUACCUGCGCAACCUGGUGACGCUGCGGCUGCGCCACCUGAGCAUCACCGCCCUGGAGGACCAGAACUUCCGCAAGCUGUCGGCGCUGCGCGGCCUGGAGAUCGACAGCUGGCCCUACCUGGAGUACAUCUCGCCGCUCAGCUUCCAGGGCCUGAACCUGUCCUGGCUCUCCAUCACCAACACCAACAUCACCACGGUGCCCUCGGCCUCCUUCCGCAACAUGGUGCACCUGACCAGCCUCAACCUGUCCUACAACCCCAUCCAGACGCUGGAGCCCUGGGCCUUCCGCGAGCUGCUGCGGCUCAAGGAGCUUCACAUGGUGAGCACGGGGCUUGCGACGGUGGAGCCGCACGCGCUGGCCGGGCUGAGGCAGCUACGCCUGCUCAACCUGUCGUCCAACGAGCUGGUGACGCUGGAGGAAGGGGCGUUCCACUCCGUCAACAGCCUGGAGACGCUGAGGGUGGACGGCAACCCGUUGUCGUGCGACUGCCGGCUGCUGUGGAUACUUCAGCGCCGGCGAACGCUGAACUUCGACGGGCGGGCACCGGUGUGCGCGGGACCCGCCGAGGUGCGCGGCACGUCGCUGAACAACUUCGCCGACUCGGCACUGUUCGAUUAUUUCACGUGCCAGAAGCCGCGCAUUCGCAACCGCAAGAUGCAGCAGGUGGUGGCGCGCGAGGGGCAGCCGGUGUCCUUCCUCUGCCGCGCGGAGGGAGAGCCGGCGCCGGCCAUCGUCUGGAUCUCACCGCAGCGACGGCGGAUCGCGCCCAAGAGCGGCCCAGGGAGCGGCGGCCGGGUCGUCGUGCUACCUGGCGGAACGCUGGAGAUCCGCUACGCCCAGGUGACGGACAGCGGAACCUACAUCUGCAUCGCCAGCAACGCCGGCGGCAACGACACAUACUUUGCCACGCUGACGGUGCGUGGCGGUGGCGGAGGUUUCGGCGGCGGUGGCAUCGGCAUCGGCGGCGGGCUGGGCGGGGCGCCCGCCAUGGACGCGGCGGCGUUUGCCAACCGGUCGCUGUACUACGGCGCCGACUUCAACGACACCAACUUCAACGGCACGCGCGUCUUCCUGAAGUUCACGCUGGACCUGACCACCAUCCUGGUGUCCACUGCGAUGGGCUGCAUCACCUUCCUGGGCGUGGUGCUGUUCUGCUUCCUGCUGCUGUUUGUGUGGAGCCGCAGCAAAGGGCAGCGGCGGAACAACUUCACCGUGGAGUACUCGUUCCGCAAGGGCGACGGCGGCACGACAACGGGGGGCCAAGGCGCCACUCGCAAGUUCAACAUGAAAAUGAUAUGACACACCGCAGCCAGGGGCCCUGUGGGAGACGCCUGAAGACACCCAACACACUCACACACAGCGCUCAGAGGGGACUAACACUACCAUAGGGAGGAAAUAACAGAAAACAAAGGAAAACUUUAGAAAGCAAAAAGAAAGAGAAACUUAAGUGAAGUGUCGAUUCGAUCUUUCUUUACUUUACUCCGUACAGUGGAUUGGUAACGGUUAGGUGACCUUGAUCUCACUGCCUCUGCGUUUGAUUUGUUCCCUCUCAGCUUGUGGUAUGCCUGCAGAUGUGACACAGUGAUAAAAGCCAUACUGUUUACUUCUCUCCUUGGGCCAAGGCUUGUCGUUCUUUGAGAUAAAGGCUUUAAUGGGAAAAAAGAAACAAACUAAAUAAACGAAAGAAACAUGGUGGCAAUCUUUCAAUCGCUGGUGUGUGAGUGGCGCUUUGAGACAUUGGCAUUGGUUUCCUUCUCCUCCAUCUCUCAUGUUUCUUUGUUUUUUUUUCUAUCAUCAUCGUUCGCCAGUGCAGAGGAUGAUAUAAACGACCUCUCCUCUUGGCAGAAUGUUCUGGAAGCAACAGCCGCUCAGGCUGGGUGUCUGGCCGCUACACAGUACAUGUUGCAGUCUUAAUUCGACACUUAAAGUGAAGGAUGAACUAACUUAAAGUGUUAAGCUUGACUCAACUUAAGUGUUGAAUCAACUCUGCAACAUUUGCUGUGUUGGAGAUGGAGGUAUCAAGGCUGCCCAUGAAGCACACACCACACCACACGCCAAAUGUGAAUAUGUAGCAGAAAAUCUGCAUGUAAAUUUCUGCAGCUUUAGUCUUUGAAAACAUUGAGUCGUCAAAUCAUUAAUAACCAUCCAUAGCCCACUAUACAUCUAUUCAUGAAUGAAAAUGUGCAGCAAUAUAUUUGCUUUUUUUUAGAUGCAUACCACAGCUGAAGAGAGUCCAAUGGAAACAGGCUGAGUCAAGGAAACAAAAAAAUUACAAACAAAUAACAACAAAAGGCAUCAAAAAAGCAGCAAAAGAUGAAAACUGAACCAUUUUGGGCAUUCAGUUUGAUUCAAAGAAGCCAAAUAUUUGGUCAUACACCUACUGUGAAACGCUGCUGCAAAGCAAUCGAUUUGAGUCAGACAAGAACAAAGCAAAAAAAUACAGAUCACAAAGCAAAACAAAGAAAGGCAAACGAUGAAUCUCUUGCUGAAUCUGAAAUUCCCACAUGUUCAAUUUACAGUGCACUGAGUAGUAAAAACAAAAAUGAAACGCAUACCUUAUGUAGUGCACAACAUAGUGAACAAAUGAGUAAUUUCAGACAUGGCCACAGUGUUUGCCCGAAUAAGACUGACACACAGACACGCCAGUACAGUAUGUACACUCGUGUGCGUCUGUGUGUCUUUCCUCGUCUACUGCUAAUUCUGUUUCCGCUGAGAGCUGUGUGAGUUGGGACAAGCACACUGGCCGCAUGCAUGUCAGAGAGAUGAGGAGGGGGAGGGGCCAGUGCAGGUGACGUGGGUGCAAUGGGGUGGGGUUGUUUUGGUUGAGGAAGUGAUCCGCACCUCAAGCCACAACAACCCCAUUCUCCAUGCCCCCCUCUU